CUGGUCCUGGGUUACAGUAAACAAUCCCCUCGUUUGCGAAGCUGUAGUUAUUGAUCUUUCUAAAAUUAACUGGCAAAUAAUCUAAACAUGCCUGUAAAGAAGGGAUCGAAGAAAAAGAAAUCUGGAAAGAAGAAACGACUGAAGUCAGCUCCAGCAGAAAAAGAAGAUGUAAAAGCUGAAAAUAUGGAGCCUGGAUCACUUAUCUCUGGAACUCAAACGGACCCACUUUUAGCAUCAAAUGGAAAAAAAUCUAAGAAAAAGAAAGGAAAGAAGAAAAAAUUGACCAAAGCGGAAAAAGCUCUGGAAAAACUGGAGAAAGCUACGCAAAAAAUAAAAGAUGAUGAAGAAUCUUUUUAUCAUUUAGUAGAUAGGAUGGAUCAGUGGUUACGAUCGAUAGCACCAAGAGCUAUUAAAUUAUUUAAAAUGAUAGAUACUAGCGGUGAUGGUAUUCUGUCUUAUGAUGAGUUUAAGUCAGGAAUGUUUGAUUUAAAUGUCCCUCUGAAUAGGACUGAACUUCACUUAAUGGCUAGAUUACUGGAUACUGAUGACAAUGGAGAUAUAGAUUACACAGAAUUCUCUAAAGGAAUUACAUAUGUCAAACCUGUGGAUGAGACCUAUUCUGAUACUGACAUCAGCCAUAAAACUAGUUUAAUAUUAUCAGAAAGAAAACCAGUGCCAUGUUCCUGUUGUAAAAUGGGGGUUUGGCAGCCAUACAGAGAAAAAAAUCCAAGGUACCUGUCAAUAGAACUGAGACUAGUUACGUUUGAUGGUUAUAAAGAUCAUCUUGGACAUUUCUCUGUUCUCGUUCAUUCUCAUCUGUCUAUUUAUGGUCUUAUUGAGAUUAUUAUCAAUCAAACCAGCGUCUUAUCAACGAAAUUAGCCAUUUUCUCCGAUAAAUCCCGCAGUCUUGAAGCAUUACUACCCGUCGAAUCAACGCUUGAAGAUUGUGGAUAUUUUGGCAGCAGCAGAGAAAAUCCGCAAGAGAUAACGCUUUACUAUGAUUAUACAGUGGAAUUUGUUAAUUGUCCCCUGUUAAUGUGUGAUCAUUACUUUGGUCAAAAACUUGAAGUUUAAAGAUACAUUAUGGAAGAUUAGAUAAAGAGCUGGCAGUUUUCACUAUAAUAGUUAAAAACUAGAUAAUGUUGAGGUGUUUCAAUUAAAGAUACAUUAUGGGAGAUUAGAUUAAGAGCUGGCAGUUCUCACUAUAAUAGUUAAAAAACUAGAUAAUGUAAAGGGAAUAUGUUGAAAAUUUAAGUCAAAUUGCUUUACUCCCAGCCGAGAAAACCUUAUUUGAAAAUCUUUUUAGGCUUGAUGGUCAUUGUUGGCACUGUCACAAUAAUCGACAAAGUCUUGAUUAUCCAUUUUUGUGUUUAAUCAUCAAAGGACAUUGAACAGCAGAGCGGAUUCAAAUUUAAUGAAAAUCGGACACAUAAGAUGGCAUCGUGAGUUGAUUAUGGUCUUUUCAUGUUAAUAAAUGUCUAAUUAAUAGUUUAUUUAACAUUUCAGGCCUAAAGAAAGACCUUUAAUGCUAGGUUCCCACUGUCGUGCAUGCGUUAUGAUAGGCCAGGAUCUGGUACAUGCAGAUACGUUUCGAUACGAUCAACACGAUAUGUGAUAAGACCUGAUAUAUUGACGAUUACUCCACCUAAAAAAGCACGAUUUCAAUCGCAGCACGAAUCGUGAUAGUGGGAACCUCGCACAACCUGUUCAACCAUCUGACCGAAUUCUGACCUGUCAACCUAGUAAUAGAUUACAUCCUUAGUCAAUAUGGCAAGGUUGGAUGGCCGAAUGGUUACCACAUGCACGCUGUAUCACAAGGUCUGUCAUUGAGUCAACUGGCGUGGUUUCGAUUCCCCGGUUGUACGUGACAAGGAGUAAGGUCGUCUGUCCAACCUCAUGAAUUUUCUUCAGAUCCUCCGGUUUCCUCCCACUGCUCACGCAAGCAAAUUAUUGAUUUAAAAUUGAAUGUGUUAGUACGAAAUGACCUAGUUUGUGUUAAGUGGACGUUAAACCCAAUUUCUCUGUCUCUAUCUCCCUUGGGGGGUUGGGUGGCCGAAUGGUUAGCACGUGCGCGCUGCGCUGUAUCAUACAGUCUGUCAUUGAGUCAACUGGCAGGGUUUAUAUUCCCAGGUUGUACGUGACAAGGAGUAGGGUCGUCUGUCCAACCUCGUGGGUUUUCUCCGGGUCCACCGGUUUCCUCCCACUGCUAAAGACCCCUACUCGCAAGCGAAUUAUUGAAAUAAAAUUGAACCAUGUGUUAGUACCGAAAUGACCUGGUUUGUGUCGAGUGGAUCGAUGUUAAACCCUAUUUCUCUCUCUCUCUCUCUCUCCCUUAGUCAAUACGCAAAGCAUUAUCUGCGAGUUUUCACAGCGUGGUUUACUGGUCAGUACAUGUAUCUGAAAAAUUCCUAAUAAAGAUUACCCCCAGACCCUAUUCUUCUCUGUGUCAUUGACAGCAAGGGGAUAACCAGCUCACAUCAUCACCAGACAUAUUUAUAUAUAGGAAUAUUUUUAGCCAGUAAUUUAUUGUCAUUGUUAUUAAUUGUUAAUAUUUUUGCUGUGAUAAUUAUUUAUUUAAUGUUUAUGUAUGUAUACAUAUUACAGUGUGUUGUAUAUGUAUAUAUAUAUAUUUUAAUAUUAGAUUAUUAUAAUUGUUAAUAUUUAUACAUGUUACAGUGAUUUAUUUAACAUUUGUGUAUUUAUACAUGUUGCAGUGAUAUAUUUAACGUUUAUGUAUUUAUACAUGUUGCCGUGUAUUGUUAUAUAUAUAUACAUAUUAAAUUAUUAUAAUUCAUAGAAAGAAAGCAUAAUUUAAUAG